AUGCAGCGUUGGCUGGAGCCGAGCGUGCAGAGCAAGGCGAGCUUCGAGGAUGACGGACUGGUGCGCUACGGUGUGGUCGAGAACAUGGCCCCCUUGGGAAGUCUGCCAAAACCCAAGAAGACGGGACCUGAAACGAGUUCUGGUGUCAAGAGAAUUAUAUUGAGGCCGUCAGGGGCAAGUGCUGCCAAAAAUGCAGCGCUCAUCACCGCGACCGACCCAGUGGUGGAUGUUGACGUGGAUGUGGACGCGGAUGUGGAGGCGGAGACAGAUGUUGCGAUUACGGCCAGAGCGGCAAACUCUUCCCCUCCACCUGUCACCCUACCUCCUACACCGCCACGGAGGAUUUCCAUUGUUCUCAAAGACGCCGCAGCAGCAGCUGACGACGAGAACGACGAAGAUUACGAUCCGAGUCGGCCGAAACGACGCCAAUCUGGUCGUAUAUCUCUGGGAAAGCGGACACGGCGCUCUUCAGCCGGCCACCGGAGCUCUAUUGUGACUAAGCCAGCAGCAAAGGGGACAAAAGAGCGCAGAGGAUCUGAGAAGGGAAUCAAGGCAGCCACGCCAGUAGCCAAAGCGGAGAUCACAAACGUGAUCAAGGAUUCUGAAGAGGAAGAAGACGAGGAGGUGGUGGCAGAGGCAGAGGCAGAGGCAGACGCAAUCAAGGCAGAAGCGACUAUUCACGCAGCUGAACCGGUGGAACCCGAAGAUAAAGAAUUUGCAGACAAGGUUAUCGAGGCUGCGGUGGACGAGGCCCUCAAACACUACCGAUACCCGACCGCGUGGGCGCUGCGGACUCUCUACGACGAAAAGUCGAGUGACCCCAAGUUCGUUGCCAUGGUUGAGGACGUCUUCACACAAACGGCUGAUGAGGCUACGAUGCGCAAAUUUUCUAAACAAAUGGAAAAGAAGAAGCGAGAAGGCAAGAAGGACAACCAAGGAUGCUAUUAUUUUAUCCCCCCGACCACCAACAGCAGAUUCACUCCCCACAAACCCAAGGCAGCACCGUAUGCAAAGUUGCUGCUUCACAAUCAAGUGGAGGAGGUGGUCGAGGUUGCAGACGUUGAGACAGAUCCUGAGACCGAGGAGCAGUUUGUCGAUGAAGAGGAGGAGGAGAAAGGGCAGAGCAAUCAGCCGCCAGCUCGAGCUGCCAAGAGGGCAAAGACAUCGCAUUCUCGCACUCACUCUUCUUCUCAUCCAUCUCAAUUUCAAGCACAGGCUCAGGCAACCCGCAACACACCACGAAAAAUGUCUUCAGACAACCUACCUCAAACGCCCUCGCGCAAGCGAAACAGGCGAGAUUCAGCUUCAAGCGACUCAUCUCUCUCAUCAGCUCUCAGCCUAUCGUCGCCUGAGGCCAUGAUGGGCAGCCCCAGCCCGGUUCGUCGAGGGGGUACAGGUCGCCCUGGACCACCUGGACCCGACUCCAGUGAUGCGCCAAAACCUCGGCCAAUCACCACCCGCCGCAAAUCAAUCGCCUCCAAGACAAGUACUACUACCAGUACCAAGUCCAAGCCUAAGACCAAGGCCGGUACCAAGACCAACAAGUCUACUACUAAGCAGCAGCCAUCAUCACCCACCAUUCCCACCUCAAACACCAACAUUCACACUCACACUCACAUCAACACCAGCAAUCACAUCAACGCUGAUGCACCUGCAAGUGCGACCAUCAGCGUGAGUGCCGACGCCAGUAUGCCAGGAAGGGUUCCUGCUGCACAAAUCUUUCCCAAUCUGCCUACAAAGCCCAAGACAGCAAAGAACAAGGCAUCAUCUGCCCCUGCUGAUGACGCUCGUGCCAGUCAUGAUAACGACGAGGCAUUUUGGGACCGGAGGCGCGAUGCGCAAAAGUUUGCCAACAGCGUCAUGGCCCAGGAAAGCUCUGUUCGGGGAGGAGAAAUCGAUGAGGACCUCUUCACGACUCCGGCAAAAUCGACGAGGAAGACGCGUCAAUCCGCCGCUGCCUCUACGGCAACAACGAGGUCUACGCGGUCGGCUAGCAAGAGACCUCACGAUGAGAUCGACGCUAUCGUGUCGCCUGUUGCGUGGUCUUUUCAGCGUGAUGAGAGGGACAGCUCAGCCGGAGGAUCACGGGCUGCAACGCCCACGCUACGUCCCCCCAAGAAGCCGAGAACUGGCCUUCGUGUCAAGUCAUCGUAA